GUGGUGCACCCCACGCAGCUGCGGGGCCGGCUCGGGCGGCCUUCGCCGCACUUCAGAGGAGUGGCGUGGCAAGACCCAGCCUUGUUGGGUGCGGCGUCUGGGCCCUUCCCAUCUUCCCCUCCCUGCUGCGUUCGGUGGUGGUGACCCAUUGGAGUUCCGGUUCCGGUUGCUGUGGCCGUGGGCGGGCGGUGAGUCUGGAGCAGGCGUGCAGUUGGUGCUCUGGCUCUGCGACUCCCUCACGGCGUGUCUAGGGUUUGCUGCAGCUCGGGGGUGCUGCGCUGCCCCUGACUCCUCUCCGGGCGAUGGUGCGGCCUGAGGACGCUUCCAUCCCCCGCCGACGCUGACUCGGGUCCCCUAAUCCAUGGCCGCCUCGGCGCCGCCCCCACCGGACAAGCUGGAGGGAGGCAGCGGCCCCGCACCGCCCCCCGCGCCGCCCAGCACCGGGAGGAAGCAGGGCAAGGCCGGUCUGCAAAUGAAGAGCCCCGAAAAGAAACGAAGAAAGUCCAACACUCAGGGUCCUGCAUACUCACAUCUGACAGAGUUUGCACCACCCCCGACUCCCAUGGUGGAUCAUCUGGUUGCUUCUAACCCUUUUGAGGAUGACUUCGGAGCCCCUAAGGUGGGGGGUGCAGGCCCUCCAUUCCUUGGCAGUCCUGUGCCCUUUGGAGGCUUUCGCGUACAGGGGGGCAUGGCAGGCCAGGUACCCCCAGGCUAUGGCACUGGAGGAGGAGGGGGUCCCCAGCCACUUCGUCGACAGCCCCCUCCUUUCCCUCCUAACCCUAUGGGCCCAGCUUUUAAUAUGCCUCCUCAGGGCCCGGGCUAUCCACCCCCAGGCAACAUGAACUUUCCCAGUCAACCCUUCAACCAGUCUCUGGGCCAAAACUUUAGUCCACCUGGAGGGCAGAUGAUGCCGGGCCCAGUGGGGGGAUUUGGUCCCAUGAUCUCACCCACCAUGGGACAGCCUCCUAGAGGGGAUCUGGGUCCUCCUCCUCUCCCCCAACGCUUUGCCCAACCAGGGGCACCUUUUGGUCCUUCCCUUCAGAGACCAGGUCAGGGACUCCCCAGCCUGCCUCCUAACGCGAGUCCCUUCCCUGGUCCAGACCCUGGUUUUCCUGGCCCUGGUGGUGAGGAUGGGGGAAAGCCCUUGAAUCCACCUGCUCCCACCGCUUUCCCCCAGGAGCCUCACUCAGGCUCCCCAGCUGCUGCUGUUAAUGGGAACCAGCCUAGUUUCCCCCCCAGCAGUAGCGGUCGAGGUGGGGGUACUCCAGAUGCCAACAGCCUCGCACCCCCAGGCAAGGCAGGUGGAGGCUCGGGGCCCCAGCCUCCCCCGGGCCUGGUGUACCCUUGUGGUGCCUGUCGGAGUGAGGUGAACGAUGACCAGGAUGCCAUCCUGUGUGAGGCCUCCUGCCAGAAGUGGUUUCACCGCGAGUGCACUGGCAUGACGGAGAGUGCCUAUGGGCUGCUAACCACUGAAGCCUCUGCAGUCUGGGCGUGUGACCUCUGCCUCAAAACCAAGGAGAUCCAGUCUGUCUACAUCCGAGAGGGCAUGGGGCAGUUGGUGGCUGCUAACGAUGGAUGACUCCAGUGGGGUGGCCCAGAAGAGUGCACAUUUCUCAUUGUGCUCUUACAGAGUAGUUAUGUGGUUCUCGCUCGUUUUCCACUGGCUUCCCAUCCACACGAGCAGAAAUACGUGGUUCCUGGAAGCAGAAGCGAGGCGAGCAGGCAGAAGAGCCUAGGUUGCUCGUUUUUUGUUUUGUUUUUUUGUUUUUCUGGGAACUUGUGCAUUGAUACCUUCGGAGAGCCAGGAAGCUGAAGUCCUGCCAAGCAGAGCCAUUCCUAGAGUCUAGCGGAGGAAGUUCCAGAUGGCAAGGAUGUCCUGUGUGGCGCAGAUGACAGAUGACCCUAACACCGGUGCCUAUGAUGCCUAUGUAGCUCCAGAGCUACAGCUGUAGCUGUCGGAGUCACGUGUUCAAGGUUUCUUCGCUCACAGAGAUGUAGUCCCUUCUGUGGGUUCCGGAAACAAAAGGGAUUCCUCUCUGUCUUUCCCUUUGCUUCCCCUGGACCCACUCUUAGUCUCUUCUCAGAAACACCAAAUACCUUGAAGAAGCAGAACUGCUUGUCUUGGGGGUCAAGACUGCAGCCGAGAAGACCUCUUCCUCACACCAAAGACACUGGUUUCUUCUCGGCUUCUCUUGUGCUUUUCGCCCAGUGACCGUGUUUUUGCCAAAAGUUGGGAUAUGUGGUCGGUCUGACCAGAAUAUUUGAAGUCUGGGCUCCCCGGAAGUCUGGGCUGGAGACAUUAACCCCUUCCCGCCUAUUGUGCUGCACAUUGUGAUAGUGCUGAUCUUCAGCUCUUGGUGCCCCCUCCCCACCCCGUUUCCUCUGCCUCGGGAAAGUUUGGGAAGGCAUGAAGCCCUUAUACCUCAUUCCUUCCCGGAUGGAAGGAUCCAAGUGAGGCCAGCUGUGGCUUUGGGGGGUGGGUGUGGAGCAGGAUCCUCAAAGCCAUGGUACUGAAAACUAAAAGAACCUGAACUUUUCUGCCUCACCCUUUUUAUCAUCUGGGCCUGGGGAUCCAGCAACUAGGCUUCGUUUGUUUUUAUUUCGGUAGCAUUCCCCCGCCAGUAAUGAGACUGGGGCCUGGUCAGGAGCUCCCUCGGCUUCUCUUUACCUCUUUCCAGCUAGCCCAUACGCCCAGUCGUCAUAUGGGUGCGAGGAAAGUAAGCUUGGGUGUGGCCCCUUUGGGUGGAAUCUCAGUGCCCAGCACUCCAUGGUGACAAAGGCCAUCUGCUAUGUCCUGCCCCGCUUGCCAUGUUCCCUGCAUAUGGAAAGAGAAGACACUGAUGGAGUUGAAGCUAAGGAGGAGGGUGGACCUGUUUCCUAUUCUGCCCCCCAACUCCUAAACUUCGUAUAUGGCAGCCUCUGCUCACCGUUGUGUUGUGAUUCUGUUUGCCCCUAUUACUGUUGCUACUUUUGUGUUGUCUUCAUGGUUUGUAAAAUGCUCCUGGGGAGGAGGGUCCAUCCCCAUGUUCCUCUCUGCUGCUUUUUAGAAGAAAGUGGGUUGGCAGAGAGAUGUGGUUACAGAAUCUUUUUUUAUAUGGUUGGACUAAUAAAAUGACUUGAAAAUCCAAACAA